AUGCUUACGCGCAGCUCCGUUCGCUCGGCGCAGAGCCUUCUGCGAACCGCCCAAGCCCCUUCGCGGUCCUUCGCGACGAUUCAGAGCGAUAUCUUUAAACCUACGAAAUAUGGUGGAAAGUACACAGUUACUUUGGUACCAGGUGACGGUAUCGGAGCUGAGGUCGCAGAGUCUGUGAAGACAGUUUUCAAAGCAGACAAUGUUCCAAUCGAGUGGGAACAGGUGGACGUCUCAGGCGUGGAGACUGGCGAUAAACACUCAGAAGACCUUUUCCGGGAAGCCGUCGCAUCUUUGAAGAGGAACAAGCUUGGAUUGAAGGGUAUCCUACACACACCUGUGGAAAGAUCGGGCCACCAGUCUUUCAACGUUGCUCUACGACAGGAACUCGACAUCUACGCUUCAAUUGUCUUGAUCAAGAACAUUCCUGGAUACAAGACACGUCACGAUAACGUCGAUUUGUGCAUUAUUCGUGAGAACACCGAGGGAGAAUAUUCUGGUUUAGAGCAUCAAUCUGUUUCCGGUGUUGUCGAGUCCCUCAAGAUCAUCACCCGCGCAAAGUCAGAGCGAAUUGCCAAAUUUGCAUUCGCAUUCGCAUUGGCCAACAACCGUAAGAAGGUCACUUGUAUCCACAAGGCCAAUAUCAUGAAACUUGCUGAUGGUCUUUUCCGCAAUACAUUCAACGCCGUCGCAAAGGAAUACCCAACAUUAGAAACCAACGACAUGAUUGUCGAUAACGCCUCUAUGCAGUGUGUUUCUCGGCCACAACAGUUUGACGUGAUGGUCAUGCCAAACUUGUACGGAGGUAUCUUGUCGAACGUCGGUGCUGCGCUUGUCGGUGGACCAGGUAUUGUUCCUGGUUGCAACAUGGGUCGUGAGGUUGCUGUUUUCGAGCCUGGAUGCCGUCACGUCGGACUUGAUAUCAAGGGUAAGGACCAGGCAAACCCCACUGCUAUGCUUCUUUCUGGAUCUAUGCUUUUGAGACACUUGGGAUUGGACGAGCAUGCCAACCGUAUCUCCAAGGCUGUUUAUGAUGUUAUCGCUGAGGGACACACACGUACGCCGGAUAUGGGAGGACGAAGCUCCACGAAUGAGUUCACAAGAGCCGUUCUGGAUAAGAUGGAGCUUGCUGGAUAG